UGCGCAAACCCGUCAAGCAAAUAUCGCCCUUUUAUCAACUAGCUACGGGGCAGCAACCGUGAUGAAGAAUGUGAGCAUGCAUGCUUCCGCUCACAUUGACCUGGCCAGCAUGAUCAAGCAUCCGACAUGAUCCAUGCCGGAGGCCGUCGUGAUCUCAAGUUUUUCUUAGCUGUCCGGAAGAUGGAGGACAGCUUUUGGGAUUUGCACCGCCGGUUGGGUGAGUGCUAUGCCUCACAGAAGAAGGGUUUGGAUUUGAGCCUUGGCUUCCGGCUGCUCCCGGGCAUGCCAACGAACUCCCAGAGCCUGCGGCCGAGAACCAAACCGGCACUUUCGGCCAAUUCGGCUGAGCCGCACUCUUGGAGUAGUGAGAACGCCCAGCAGCCUAGCCCACCGCAUCCACCCGCCAGCGAGCUCAACCUUCUGCCGGGCAUUGUCACCCCUGCAGUCUCGGCCCGCUGGAAUUCCGCGCCUUUUUUGGAGGAUUUGCGCUCAGCCAUCCAGCAGGCAGGGCGCAUCAACGCGUCCGAGGAGGAGAGCCGCCAAGAAAUGAACCUGUCCCUCAACGUGAGGGAAUUCUGGCUGAGAGUUACAGACGAAGAGUCUUUCCAGCAUCGCCAAGCACAAGUUCGCAGGCCAAGUGUCAUGAUAAGUUCAAACCACCUCCAGGACCAGCACAUGCCCAGCGCAAGUGCCGCCCGACUGCGCAUGAUGCAGCGCCCGGGCAGUCCUUACAGAGCGUGGUGGAACUUUCUGGGCAUGACGCUGUUGUGCUACGACAUGUUCGUGAUCCCUUUACGCUUUUUCAGCCUGCCAGAGGUAACCUUCACCAAUGUCAUGUCAUGGGUCACCCAGCUGUACUGGAACUUUGACUUGCUCCUAAACUUCGUUACGGGCUACUAUGACGCUGGGGUUUUGAUCCUGGACCUGCGGAAGACUGCCAAACAUUACCUUACAACAUGGUUCGUAUUUGACCUAGCUGUUGUGAGUGUUGAUUGGCUUAUCGUCGGGCUGAACGCCAGAGAAGACGACACCGCUGGUGUCGCUCGUUUGUCCAAGACAAUCAGGACCCUGCGAUUUCUUCGGCUGGUUCGCAUGGGUCGUUUGGUCAAGGCAGGGGCCGUCAUUGAAUCUCUGCAAGAUUUGCUCGGUUCGCAAUCCGCCGCAAUCCACUACAGCAUAUUGAAAAUAGUCGUGCGGCUGAUCCUCAUCAACCAUACCAUAGCCUGCUUUUGGUACGGUAUUGCUACGGCAGAUGAGGGUGUGAACAAUUGGGUCAAGCAGUAUCAGAUGGAAGGACGGUCCACCGCGUUUGUCUAUUUCACAGCCCUUCAGUGGGCAUUUGCAAAUCUUGGUGUUGGGUAUGUAAGUCUUGACGCCGUUAACUUGAACGAGCGCGUCUUCUCGGUGUUUGUGACUUUCUGCUCGUUGAUCAUUUUUUCCACGCUGGUGAGCUCGGUGACAUCUCUGAUGGCACGUCUUGCGAAGAUGAAGGAUGAGGAGAGUCAGCAACUAAGAUUGCUGCAACGCUUCCUGACACACAACUGCAUAGACGCAGAUUUGUCGCAUCGCAUCACAACGUUCUUGCAAUACACAUUUGCAGCUCAGGACGAAGCGCGGUCAAUGGAUCAGCUCCCCCUUUUGAGCUUGCUGUCAAAGCCCCUGCAGGCUGAGUUGCAGCUGCAAAGACAUAGAGAUUUCUUGGCUCAGUGUGCCUUUUUAAACAGCCUUCUGCAGCAUGACAGCGUGCACGUCGUGCGUGUAAUGCGCGAUGUGGCGCUGAACAGCAUAUCACAUGCAGUGCAUGCCGCUGGGGACGUCAUUUUUGUUGCUGGGUCCAUCGCUGGUUCAUGCUAUUUCCUUGCCAGUGGGGCUCAUAGCUACAUGAGGGAGGAUGAACGGAGAGAGAAGCUCUGCAAGCUGUGGGUGGCAGAGAUGUGCUUGUGGACCCCGUGGAUUCAUGUUGGAGAUUUGGUGGCGGAGGACAUUUCCAGGUUGGUCACCUUGGAGGUCACGGCAUUUUGCGAAUGCGUGGGCAAGACGGUGGAAACGCGAGAGAUGGCCACCGCCUACGCAAAACAAUAUGUGGCUGCCCUCAACAAGCAGAGCCAGUACAAUAAUCUCUCUGACCUGGCAGAUGAAGAGCCAGACAUAUCUUUGCUCAGCGAAGACCGUGCACUUGCUGGUGGUUGCUGCCCACGUGGAAUGCUUGCUGUCAAAGUGAUUCCGGCUGCUACUAAUCCUUGAGGCCAGUCUUGGUUCAAAGCCAAGUGUCCGGCAAACUAUUUGUGAGGGUAGCAGUUGGUCAGAGGCCGGACAGGACUACGUUUGUUUGUCUCGCGAUUUGGGGGAUGCCUAAACUGUUCACAGCUCCUGUCCUGAAUCUGAGUGCUGCAUUCGCCCAAGGCGAACCCACUUUUCUAACGAGGUUAGUACCACUUAUCAUCUUGGCGACUACCGGGCUUCGUCCAACAGUUUGUCCUCUCGGCA